GUAUAUCAUUUCGUUUAACAGAAACAAAAAUCUCAUUAAGAUGGCAGAGUCUUAUGACUUCCUGGGUGAUAUUAAUACAAAGAAGCUUUGGUGGAGUUUCAAAGUUUAUAUCAUCAGGAUAUGGGAACUUCCAAGCAAAUUUAAUGAGAAAGAAGUGCAAAGCAUUGAGAUGAUCUUGCAAGAUAGUAAGGGAAACAGGAUGAUUGCUUCAAUACCUAAGGCGCUGGUCCAAAAGUGGAGUGGUUUGAUUAUUCAGUUCCAAAUGUACGCCAUGAACAAUUUUAUUGUUGUGAAGAACACCAGAAUAGCUCAGACAAUCCCAAGCCAGUGGAUAUUGACAUUUUCACAUAGGACAACAGUAAAUCAGAUUCAAGAACCAAGCUUUCCGUUGGAAGCCUUUAGAUUCAGAACCAUAGUUGAGCUUCUCAACGCUGAUAAGAUUCUCCAGAGCGAUUUGUUUGAUGUGAUUGUGGAGGUGGUUGGUAAGGAGGACCCAAGAGACUUGGUUACCACAAAGGGAAAAGAGACUAAACGGAUGGUAAUUGUUUUGGAAGACUUAGAGCACAACAAGAUUGACUGCAUUUUGUUUGGAAAGAUGGUUGAUCAAAUACUCCCACACCUUGAGGAUGGAACGGUGGAACCUGUGAUUGUUCUUCUACAAUUCUUCAAGGCUAUACGGUGGAAUGGAAAAACUUCUCUACAGAGCCACUUUGAAGUGUCAAAGAUUCACAUAAACUCACAGCUAAAAGAGAUUGAGACUUUUAAAAACAGGUUGCUUAGUGAUGCACCAGCAACUACUUCAGUUAGGAUUAGCCAGAUCUCAUCACAAAGCAAAUGGUCUACUGUUGAUGAACUAACACAAGGUGAUAUAGCAGUAAAGACUAUUGAACAAGUGCUUAACUGUGAAAAGGAAGGACCCACUUGGAUUACUGGAACCAUUGUUGCUAUUAAUGCUGGUAAAAAAGACUGGUAUUACAAAUCAUGUAGAAACUGUCCAAAGAAAGUGGAUACUUCCAUUGGGAAUAGAUAUGAGUGUGACAAGUGUGGCCACACCCAUGGAAGUGCUGCACUCAGAUUUAAGGUUGAAGUGAUGGUGUAUGAUGGUACUGGAAGCAUCAGUCUACUACUUUGGGAUAGAGAAAUGGUGCAGUUGUGCGGUAAACGAGCAGAACAAAUUAGGGAUACUGAGGCUGAGGGUGAUGAUGAGUAUCCACCCACUCUCAAUAACAUAAUGGACAGAAAAUUACUACUUAAGAUAAAUGUAAAGUCUGCAAAUAUAAAACAGUUUGACCAAAUUUAUACUGUGAUGAAAAUAUGUGAUGAUGAAGAGAUUAUUGAAAAGAACACGCAAAGUGUGCUAUCAGCUGAACCAUCCACUAACACCGAAGGUGGGUGUAGCAACUCGGUGCAUGUUUCAGCGGAUUUUAAUCUCAAGAAUGAUUGUGAUCCUGAGUAUAAUUUGGAUGCUAUGGAGGAAUCUAUUUCAAGCCUCAAGUGUAAAACACCACUCAAAAGAACUUCCAACAUCUUGAAGUGUGGCUCCCAAUUUGUGAAUGAGACUGAUGAAGAUGGCCAGUUAUCAACUAACAAAUUCAGCAGGAAAGGAUGUAAAUGACAAAAAAUACAAACCGGGGAUGAAGAAC